AUGGCUGGUCUGUUGUUAUUGGGGAUUGGCGCUCUUGUCACCUACCUCGUAGCCAAAAGCAUAUAUCGAUUGUAUUUCCAUCCUCUCAGCAAAAUUCCGGGGCCUAAGCUUGCUGCGAUUACAGGGGCCUAUGAAUUUUACUUCAAUGUGGUCAAGCGAGGAAUGUUCAUUUGGGAGAUGGAGAGGCUGCACAAGAUAUAUGGACCCAUUAUUCGCGUCACUCCUCACGAGGUCCAUAUCAAGGACCCCAACUAUUAUGAUGAGAUUUAUGCUUCCAGCAAGCGCAGACGCCAGAAGGAUCCUCUGCUGGUUGCUCAGUUUGAUCUCGAGGGGUCAGCAUUUUCAAGUGUCUCCCCAGAAGAGCACCGACAGAAGCGCUCGCAUCUGGAAAGAUAUUUCUCGAAACAGUCAGUCACCAACAUAGAAUACCUGAUUCAUGAGAAUAUCGACAAAUUGGAUCAACAUUUCAAGCGCGCUUACGAAUCCCACAAAGCCGUCAGUCUCGACGCCGGUUUCGCGGGGCUAACCUCCGAUGUCAUUCACCAAUAUGCCUAUGGAUUCAACAGUGGAAACCUCGAUCAUGAAGACUUCAACGAAAAAGUCCGAGAUGGACUCAAUGGACUGUUCAAAUUCGCCCACCUUUCAUUCUUCUUCCCAAUCAUCCAAACCGUCAUGAAGUCGCUUCCGCUGUGGUUGCUGGUAAAGCUUGACCCAUUCGCAUAUGCGCUGAUGGGCCAGAAGGCAGAUCUCCUUCAUCGAACAAAGGAGUUCCUAGGCGGCAAAUCGUCCGGCUCAAAGUCUCACCCCAUAAUGGAGAUUAUCACCGGCCCGAGCAUGCCAGAGCACCUGCGCGAAGCGGAACGCCUGAACAAUGAGGGAUUCAGCCUGAUUAUCGGUGGCACUGAGACAACUGCGCGGUCUUUAGCUAUUGCUGCUUUUCGUCUGCUUUCCAAUGGACACAUCAAAACGAAGUUGCGAGAAGAGCUGCGGACGGUGAUGCCUACGCCUGAUUCUCGCCCAACGUGGAGCCAGCUUGAACAGUUACCGUAUUUGUCGGCGGUUGUUUGGGAAACACUGCGCGUGUCCACUGGGAUUGCAAGUCGCUCCCCUCGUGUCGCACCCACUGAAGCGCUAGUGUACAAGAAUUACACCAUUCCUCCCGGAACCCGCGUGAGCGAGACCAAUUACUUUGUUCUCACUGACCCCGAGAUUUUCCCUGAUCCGCACGUUUUCGACCCAGAGAGAUGGCUGCGUGCUGCUGCAAAAGGAGAGCGGUUGGACAGAUUCAUGGUCAACUUUGGAAAGGGCACUCGGAUUUGUGUGGGAAUGAAUUUGGCAUAUGCGGAGUUGUUCCUCGUAAUCGCAACAUUUGUUCGUCGCUUCGAUAUGGAGCUUUUCGAGACAACCGAGAAAAAUAUCGCCUUUGCGCGUGACUUUGGAACUCCUUAUCCUGAUGAGGGUAACACCAGUGUGCGUGCUAUCGUCACUGGCGUGGUAAAGGAGUGA